CCCGAAGUCACUUCCUACGUUUGUGAGCGAAAGUGUUGUCGUCAUCGUCAGAAGCAAUUUGUGUCUACAGCGUAUCUCGCCAGAUUAUAUCUAUGAGCACACAGCAACAAUAUUGACCUGAACAAAUCCAACAAGUCAAAAAAGAAAUCACACGGCACCGCACAGUAAAACAAAGGAACCAAGAAAUCAUCCAUCAUGCCACUCUGGAUCAUCUACCACCCCUCCAACAUACUCGAAGACGACGAAACUCGAGCCAAGUUUGCAAAAGAUAUCACGGGCAUCUAUACGGGUAUCGGUCUGCCGGCAUUCUAUGUCGUGGUGAACUUCAUCAAACUGGACGUUCGCGACACCUAUGUGGGCGCCAAGACCUGUGUCGAUACGCCAUUUGUCCGCAUCAGCAUUGAGCAUAUUGCUGUCACACUCGAAGACUCCGAUGAUGUAUAUCGAAAGACAUCUGCCCACAUCAAUGAUGUGAUCAAGAAGAAUGUACAACCUCUGGGUGCCGAAUGGGAAUUUCACGUCGAUGAAACCGAAAGGCGACUGUGGAUGGUCAAGGGUCUUGUCGCACCACCAUUUGGAAGCGAAGCUGAAAAGCAAUGGGCAAAGCAAAAUGCAGCCACUCCUUGGGAAUAAGAUCCACAGUGGUGUGUUUGGCUGGGAGUUAUAACAUAUAUGGAACAAAGUCGAUGGGAAACAUUGGGUGUGAAGGGAAAGAGAAUACUGAAAUCGGUCAAUGCAUGAUGGGUGUGGAGGCGUUAGCGAUGCGGG